GGUUUUUCCAACUGAGCGAUUCAGGCUGAGGCGGGCGCAACCGCACUAGAGGGGAAGUGAAGUCGUGCUGGACUGGCGCGAUAUCCUCGCACGGUUCACAACUAAAAGACCUGACCCGCGUUUAAUCAUGCUUUUAAAUGAUGGAAUAUGCUGAUUUUAAAAGUUGACCAGGGAUUUCUAGUUGUGGGGUGUUUGCGAGGGAUGGCUUUCCUUUUAACUUGCUUAUUUCUGUCUUGUUACAGUACGAGCAGUGUUUGGGGAAACCAGCACAGUGACACCAGUAUAUAUUUGGAUAACAUCACGCGUAUAUUGGAUAGAUUACUGGAUGGCUAUGACAACAGGCUUCGACCUGGAUUUGGAGGUCCAGUUACAGAGGUCAAAACUGACAUCUUUGUCACCAGCUUUGGACCUGUUUCAGAUGUCGAGAUGGAAUACACCAUGGACGUGUUCUUCCGUCAGACAUGGAUUGAUGAACGGCUAAAAUUUGAGGGCCCCAUCGAGAUCCUGCGGCUCAACAACCUGAUGGUCAGCAAGAUCUGGACGCCGGACACCUUUUUCCGGAAUGGCAAGAGGUCGAUCUCUCACAACAUGACCACCCCCAACAAGCUGUUCCGCAUCAUGCAGAACGGAACUAUCCUCUACACCAUGAGAUUAACUAUAAAUGCAGAGUGCCCCAUGCGUCUGAUGAACUUCCCGAUGGACGGCCAUGCCUGCCCACUCAAGUUUGGGAGUUAUGCUUACCCCAUCAGCGAGAUUGUGUACACUUGGAAGAAAGGUCCUCUUUCCUCUGUGGAGGUGCCACAGGAAUCAUCCAGUUUGCUGCAGUACGACCUCAUCGGUCAGACCGUGUCAAGCGAGAGGCUAAAGUCCAAUACAGGUGAAUAUGUCAUCAUGACUGUCCACUUCCACCUGCAAAGGAAAAUGGGCUUCUUCCUGAUUCAGACUUACAUCCCCUGUAUUAUGACUGUCAUCCUGGCCCAAGUCUCUUUCUGGAUUAAUAAGGAAUCAGUUCCAGCUCGGACUGUGUUUGGUAUCACCACUGUCUUGACCAUGACAACACUCAGUAUCAGCGCCCGCCACUCCCUCCCCAAAGUUUCUUAUGCCACAGCUAUGGAUUGGUUCAUCGCCGUUUGCUUUGCCUUUGUCUUCUCCGCCCUGAUUGAGUUUGCGGCGGUCAACUACUUCUCCACCCUGCAGGCCAACCGGGAGCUGCGGAAGGCAGCAGCCAUGAAGGCGGCGGCUCAGGAGGCAGCAGCUGCAGCUGCAGCUCCGGCUGCAGCCACAGGGAACGAUGGAGAGGUUUCCUCAGUGGAUGCCAGCAGUGUGCUGAAGAAGAGGAUGAACUCUGCCCCGCUGUUUGACCGCCCUGCCAAAACAUUUCCUAACCCACCUGUCAAUGCCCAAGCCUUCCUGCAGCAGGGUUCAGCUGUACCAGCCAACAAUGUUCUGACUGGCACCAGCAUCAUUGACAAAUACUCCCGCAUCCUCUUCCCCCUUUCGUUUGGCGCCUUCAACCUGGUCUACUGGAUCGUCUAUCUCACCAAGGACACGAUGGAGAUGUCCAGGGAUACCGUCUAAGCCAAGAGUUCGUCUUCCUGGAAAUCACACAUGCACACACACUUUCAUACACCUGCACGGACACACACACACACACAUAUAUAUACACACACAAUAAAUAGAUGACAGACGUUUGCCAAGCACUCUUUUAUGCCGCCAUUGUAUUUCUUUUUAAGUACUCCCUUGGAAAGUGAGUGUUUUGAGAGCAGAUGAACCAGCUCCUAUUGCCAACUCAAUCCGGGAGCUCACUGCCCGUGGGCCCCAUGCUCUGGAACCAUUUCAAACAGGUACUACAUCUCUCUCUGUCUCUCUCAUUUCUUGAUUUCACUUCCCCAAUAUUUAAAAAUUACACAUUAGAACACUUUUUCAGUGUCUGUCUUGUAUCCCCUGACGGAGUGGAUGGGACAAGACGUAAUAGCUAAGCUAGCUAGGCUGCAGAGCCAGAGGCAGAGCCGUUACUUUGUUGUAUGUAUUUAUUUCUGUAUGCGUGCAACAUGCAUGCAUUUCCACACAUGAGAGUAAUUUUGCAUGUGUUUGAAAUGACACAUUCCCUACCCUGAUAUUUAGAACACACUCAACGGAAUGAGUGUACCCGUUGUCCUGACUGGAUCCAGUGUGACUGACUGACUAACAUGAACUCUCUCACUCCCAGCUCUUCAUUCCACUCUUCAUUUUUUCCCCCCACUACAGUCAUUUGCAACAACAUUUUUUGGUUCAUUGGCUUAAUUUCCAUCUGCUGAUGGAGUACAGAGGAUGUGAAGAAAAAUCUUCAAAGGGUUUUUAUGGUGUGUUCCACAGAUACACUGGCCUGGUUGAAUACUCACUGCGGAUGGAGAAACAUGCACAUGCAAACACACUUAACACUUUAUGUUUUCCAUAAUUUUCACAAUUACAGGAUUAUAUGCCAUAAAUUUCCUAUAGACAGAAACUAAAUUUGAAACAUCAGUGCAUGAUUUAAUGACUAGCAAAAGCCCAAAGCUGUAAUCCAUCUGGUAACAUUUUUAGGAAAAAUAACAGAAACACAUAGUACCUGCCUACAGGAACAGAAGACUCUGCAAAUUUGUGGGGAAAACAAAUGUUCAAGUUUAAGUUUGCCAGACAUUAAAUGUAAUCCAGAGGAAUUAGUUUGAGGUGCAAAAUGUAUGACAUGCAAGACACUUCAGUCCAACCAUGAAUGUAAACACAAUGGAUGGAAAGUGUGGCAGUCUUAUGUCAGACAUUCAUAAAAAAAGACUGCACAUGUACUCGCUAGCAUCUCAUACAAUAAGGUCUUUAUGUAUCCUGGCAAAAACCCAUCUUUCCCCAGAGAAGAUUUAGACCUUUAUUUGCUAACAUAACAAUUAUUUCUUGAGGUGACAGCUCUAGAUUCUGGUUUUCAUUUUUAAAAAGCAGUGAAAAAUAGAAACCUAAACCUAUCAUCAUCAAUUAUACGAAAUGCCAAAACAUAUUCAUUAAUAAUCCACUAGUGUGGAUUUGCAUAUUAUUAUGCAUCGUUUCCAAUUAAGUAGAGAGGGUAACAUGUUAAAGCUAUGUGGUGUCUAAAUAUAAGCUGAUGUGUGGAUGCUUCCUCAUGACAUUCAUCAUCCAUGAAGAUGUUCUCAUUAAAAGUGUCUCUUAUCAACACUGGCACCCUUUUGAAAUGACAAACCUGCACACUGUGCCAAAAGAUUAUAGUAGUCUUGAAAACUGUACACUUCCUCUGGUUGUUUAGUUGAUUUUGAUUAUAAUUCUCACACAAAUGUUUUGUUAAAAAGCUGCACAAUUGGUGUAAAUUGCCCCUGUGUUCUUAUUCAGUUUUGCACAUAGUGAGGGCCCUAUCUAUAGACGUUAUUGAACAAGAAGUAACAUGAUUUCCUGGUUCUUUAAUAUUGUAAAGUUUUAAUAUUGGAAGCUCUUCAUUUGUUAUAAUUAUGUGUAUUUCUUAUGAGCACUUUGAUUUGUUAAACAAACCAGCAUGGUAGAGCUUAGUUCAACAACACUGAUAUAAUAAAUAAACAAUGCAUGAUUAAAACUAACAUAGAAUAAAUAUAUGCAAUGCAAUAAAAAAUGCAAUAUAGACUCUGGUUGGACCCCCAAGGUUGGGAUCUAUUGCUUAAAACCAUAUUCUGAAGUUGCAAAGCUUUCAUGAACUGUUUGUAAACAAGCAAUUCUAUCACCAGACAAGAACAUCAACAUUGGACAAUUCUGCAAAAACUUGGAUUACAUCCAAUGCCAAGGAUUUUAAAUUGUCGCUUUCUACUAUAUCUGCGGAUGGCAAUGGGUGUGACGGUAAGGUUUGUUUAGGGUCAGGAUACUAAAAGAUAAAAAGGCAAACUUUAAUUGCAAGUCUGUGACAGGAAAAAUCUUAUGUGCUAGGUUUGGACUCAUGAGUGUAGCCUACUUUAAAUCUUUGGUCAGUUGACUUUGAAAUGACAUGUAACCAUGGCCUAAUGUUGUAAUGUAUGGAGUGCAAAGGAUUUGUUCAUUUUAAGGCCUGUUGUUGCAUGUUUUUUUCCCCACAUGUACCAGAGGACUAAAAGAACAGUGGUGUCAGAUUGUAUGAACUGUCUUUGUAUCCUCCCUCUUCCUCUACUUCAUUCAUCAUCCUCCUCCCCUCUGUCUUUGAGGCAGAGGCUGAUGAGACAGGGCAUUUCAGCCCCAAUUGCCCUGUAUGCCAGGCUCCAUUGUGGGAAAACCUGACUGCCAGUGAACUCAGACUGCUACAGAACUGCUGGCUCAACCCCAAUGGAGCCUCAGAACACCAACGACCUCCCACCUCCAGCGGUGACUGUGUGUUUCUACAGAAUAAACUCCAGUCGAAUAGUCAAACAGAAAUAAACUGCAGUGAGAGGGUUUGUAUGGAUGUGUGUGCGCGUGAGUGUGUGUGUGCUUUUUUUAUAUGACUGAGCUCGUUUGCUUUUAUCAGUGACCCGACUGAUCUGCCCUCUGACCCCGGCCUAGCUGCUCAACUCCAUCGCACCACAUUGAGAACCGCACUUGCAUGACCUCCAACCCUUUAUGUGCUUGUUAGGGUUGUUGAAUGUAGAAGGUUGUGAACUCCAUAGAAUAUAGAAGUCUAUUGCUAUGGUGACUGCGGCCAAAAAACGCCCUUUCUUCAUUUUGUUUAACUCCAGAGGCAUGGGCUUUAUUGAUUUUUUUCAUUUAGCCAAUGUUAAUCCUUUUUGUUCUUCAUUUCUAUACUCUCAUUUGGCCAGAAGUUGUGGACACAAUUUAGAAGACAAUGAAAGCUCUACAUUGUUAAUUUAUGUGUAUAUUUUGUGAAUAUGAUUAAGUAUUUCUGUAGGUUGCUAUUUGUAUUCCAACUGUAUGACCCUGCUUGAUGAUCAGCUGCACUGCAUUAACCAUACUGGUUUGAAUGACAGACAACUUUUGUAUUUUAGCAGUUUAGUUCCUCCACAUUUGCUCCUUGUACACAUUGCUUUCCAUUAGUUUUUUAUUGUCAUGAUGAUGACCUGUUUUUAUUGCAACAGAAAACAAUAGUUGCAUAUUCAGGUCUUUUAUCCCCAUUAAUAAAUGAACCUAUGCUCACUUUUCCCA